CUUUCCUACACCCUUUCUGUGAUCAAUCACAUUGAAUUUUCUUUUUGGGUGCGCUGUUUCUUCAUAUGGCCGUUCGAGAUUCGCCGUGGGCGGCCCUCGCUGUCGCUUGGCUAUUCGUCCAAGCGCAGGUCCUGCACUCACAGGAGGACCUUGUAUGCAAUUCGAGCGAUUCCAAAGCAUUGCUAGACUUGAUGAGCAACUUUGAGUCCCCGAUCGAAGGUUGGGAACUCAACGCCACCGCUAAUUGCUGCAACUGGCUGGGCGUGGUGUGCGACUCUUCAUCUUCUCUCGGCCUGAGCGAUGGUCCCUCCAGUUCGGGCAGGGUGGUGGAGUUGGUCCUCGCGAGCAAGAUGCAUGCGGGCAACCUCUCGGACUCGCUUGGCAAGUUAGACCAGCUGAGAUUCCUCAAUCUCUCUCACAACCUCCUCGAGAGCACACUCCCGGAAUCGCUCCUCCACCUCCCUAAUCUGCAGGUUCUUGAUCUCAGCUACAAUGAAUUCUCGGGACCGGUCCCCAAGAGCGCCAAUCUGCCCUCCCUCCGCGUUUUCAACAUUUCUAAGAAUUCUUUCAGUGGGUCUCUGCCCGUGUGGCUUUGCACGAACUCGACCCUCAUUCAGGUGCUUAAUCUGGCUCUCAAUCAUUUCUCUGACGUAAUCCCGCCGGGACUUGGCAAUUGUGGCUCCAUGCAGAACCUUUCUCUGGCCACGAAUAAUCUCACAGGUGGGAUCAGUGAAGAUAUCUUCACUCUGGGUCAGUUGGUCCAAUUGAACGUUCAGGAAAACUCAUUUUCAGGGCCGCUUGGCAGCGGGAUCGGUAAUCUGACAGAACUAAUUCAGCUGGACAUUUCGGCAAACGAAUUCUCGGGGUCAAUCCCGGAUGUGUUUCAGAACAUGAAGAAGCUGCAGUUCUUCAUAGCUCAGACCAAUGGCUUCGCAGGCUCCAUCCCAUCUUCCUUGUCCAAUUUGCCACCGCUUAAGUUUCUCAAUUUGAAUAACAACUCGCUGACUGGAACAAUAAUUCUUAAUUGUUCGGCGAUGAGCGGUCUGGUGUCUCUAAAUUUAGGUUCCAACAACUUCACGGGUCCUUUCCCCGAGAAUUUGCCCGAUUGCCAGAAGCUGAGGAGUGUGAACCUUGCACGGAACAAUUUCACAACCCCAAUACCUCAAAGCUUCAAGAACUUCUCCAGCCUUGCUUAUUUGUCGAUAUCGAAUUCGAGCCUAUCGAACGUCUCAUCUGCACUCGGGAUCCUUCAGCACUGCAGCAAUUUGACAGUUUUGGUUCUCACUCUCAAUUACUUUGAUGAAGAAUUGCCCGGCCAUGCGAGUUUGAGUUUUCCAAAGCUUAAGGUUCUUAUCAUGGCGAAUAGUCGGCUGAGGGGUUCCAUGCCCCAGUGGCUGCGUGGAUGCACCCGUUUGCAGUUGCUGGAUUUGUCCUGGAACAGACUGGGUGGAACGAUUCCGUCGUGGAUCGGUGACUUCCAAUCUCUCUUUUAUCUGGACUUAUCAAAGAACUCGUUCGUGGGCGAGAUUCCAAAAGAGAUAACCGGAUUGCCUGCCCUCAUCCACAGGAAUAUGUCAAUCAUGGAACCUUCUCCUGAUUUUCCGUUCUUCUGGAAGAAGAAUAAGACCUCGGGGGUGUUCCGGUACACACAAUUUACAAGCUUUCCAUCGACUGUGGAUCUCGGAGGCAACUCUCUCAACGGAUCAAUCUGGCCGGAGUUCGGGAAUUUAAAAGAUGUUCGUAUCUUUGUUCUCCGCAAUAACUUCUUAACAGGUUCAAUUCCAGACAAUUUAUCCGAAAUGACUGACCUAGAGACUCUCAAUCUAUCUUACAACAAUCUGUCCGGGAGCAUACCUUCCUCGUUGGCGCGUCUCAACUUUCUGUCUAGGUUUAGCGUUGCAUAUAACAAUUUGUCUGGACCGGUUCCUCCCGGGGGCCAAUUCUCGACCUUUCCCAAUUCGAGUUUUGAAGGAAACAACCUGUGCCGUGAUCAUGCUGCCCCCUGCCCAACAAGCCAAAGUCAACCUGGCCUUGCCAAUCAUGGUGAUAAUAAUUCUGGAUCUGUUGAUCAUGCCAUGAGCGAUAGAAACCUUGGAAUGACCAUUGGACUUGCAUUCGGAAUGGCCAUUGGAAUUGCAUUGGGAACAACUAGGACCGCCGGGGCUUCUUCGACCAAUUGUGGGCGUCUUCUAGAUGGCCUUUGUGUACCUACCCCUUCACCUGGCCUUGUUCUAGUUGUCCUUCUGUGUAGCCCUUCAACUUCAGUGACACCUCCUUCUAUUGGGCCAUCUGGUGGUACUGGUGGUGGUACUUGUGGUGCCCUUUGCAGUGAUUCUUCUGGUGGCCCCUGUGAUGAUCCUUGA